AUGACCAAGAUAGACCUGUCUGCGUUCCAGCGGGCCAAUGAGGCGGUUUCUUAUCUCAGAACCAGCUUGCCAGAGAGCCUACAAAAGCCCCAGGUCGCAAUUGUAUGUGGCUCAGGACUAGGAGGGCUUGCAGAGACUAUUCAACCCGAAUCACGGAUUGAGUACGACUAUGCGUCCAUCCCUCACUUCCCUCGUUCAACAGUCGCUGGACAUGCUGGGAAGUUGGUUUUUGGGCUGAUUGGCGAGAAGAUCCCUGCGGUGUUGAUGGUUGGCCGUGCUCAUUAUUACGAGGGGCAUUCGAUUGAUCAGGUGGCAUUCCCAAUUCGAGUGUUCAAGCAGCUGGACGUGAAUACGGUUGUCUUGACCAAUGCGGCCGGAGGUUUGAAUUCCGAAUAUGCUGUGGGGGAUCUUGUGUUAUUGAAUGAUGCAAGAAAAACUUCCAUGAGACAUCUCUUCCUAGCGGGCCUAGCAGGAACUCAUCCACUGAGAGGAGCCAAUGAAGAAGAGUUUGGGGUGCGAUUCCCACCCCUCUCUGACGCUUAUGACCUUGAGCUCCGUCGCCACGUGCACCAAGCAUGGAAAACAAUCAUGUCACCGGAAAGUAACAGAAAGUUGCACGAGGGCGUGUAUGCAUUCGCUGGGGGUCCCACGUACGAGACAAGAGCUGAAAGCCGAAUGCUUCGAAUGCUUGGUGCCGAUGUGGUUGGGAUGUCCACAGUACCCGAGAUUGUUACCGCCAGACACUGUGGCCUGCGAGUGCUAGCGUUCAGCUUGGUGACCAAUCAGGCCGUGCUGUCUCCUGUGCCUCGGGGCGAUGAAGAUGUGCUUCAAAACAAAGCAGCAGGUGAGCUGAGCGCUCUUCUGGAAGAAGGGAAAGCAGGGCACGAAGAGGUUCUUGAAGCUGGCCGUGCAGCGGCCAUUGAUAUGCAGAAACUGGUUGUUCAAACCCUUGUGAAUGUUUUCGGCCCGGCCUAG